AUGCAACGACAAAAGCUGGCGGAUGCACUUCAAAAACGAGAUGAGAUGGAAGCGAGAAUGAAGGAGAUUAUUGCCUAUUUAACGCAACCAGGUCCAGAUGGAAAAGAACCCGUUGGGCUGCGUGGAAAUCUGCUUGAUGAGAAUGGAUUUCCCAGAGAUGACAUCGAUUUGUGGAAAGUGGGUGUUAUUCGUCAUGGUAUAAUUUAG